AUGAACUGUGCCAACAUCCUCAUGGACGGGAUCAUCUACAAUGAUCGAAAAUGCUUCGAGGUCCUGCUUGCUUGUCUCUAUCCUUAAAUCAAGAGCCUGCUCUGUUGUGGUCCAGCUCUGUCACCCGACUUCUUCCCCUUCGUUGAGGUGAUGAACCUUAUCGUCUUCAAUCGACAUCUCAAGAACUACUAGUUCGAGUGCUUCUACAAUUCGUCGAAUGACCCUACUCAGUUGACAGGAGAACUAGUGCCUGACAUCAAAACCAUAAUUGACGCGAACCAGGUAUACUUCGAGAAAGUGCUCACAAAAGGGUCACAUCCCCAGGGUGCACUUCGUGGUACUAAGAGCUAGUGA